AUGGAACAAGACACGGAUGUCUACCUGAGAUGGAAUAACCACCAGACUACUCUAUUAUCUAUCUUCAGCUCUCUUCUAGAUAAUGGGAGUCUAGCAGACUGCACAAUAAGUGCUGAAGGUCAGUAUUUCAAAGCACAUAGAGUGAUUCUCUCAGCUUGCAGUCCAUAUUUUGAAUUACUAUUUAGUCAGCAUUGUGAAAAGCAUCCAAUUGUUAUACUGGCAGAUGUAAAAUUUCAAAUCUUGAAGGCACUUAUGGAAUUUAUAUACUCUGGAGAAGUGAAGGUACCACAGAAUAAGCUCUGUACCUUCCUUGAGAUUGCUGAGACUCUACAGAUUAAGGGCCUCUCAUUUGCUGGUGAUAGCAGUAUGAAGAAUGAACUCAGACUUAGGAGAAUGGAUGAAUCUGCCAUUCAUUCUGUAGAACAAAUUUUCACAAAACAUUUGUUUGAACCCAGGCACGGUUCUCAAAUGGAGCGGAAAAAAGAUGUUUCCUCAUCACACGACUUAGAGCUAGAAUGUUUUGAAGACAGUGAUUCUCAUCUGCUGGCUGCUCAGAAAUGUGACAGUGAUAGUUCCAGUUAUGUCUCCCGGGAAAAACCAGUUGAUGAGCCAGCUCUGCUUCAAGAUAUUAGUGAUACUGAGGCCUUCAAUGUGUUCGAGUGUUCAGCUGUUACGAAAACACACACUAAAUCAAACACAAGUGCGUCUGGAACAUUGUUUAACUCUGUUUCCAACACUUUAGAUUCCAAUGAAUUGCCAGGAUCUUCCAAUGAUAAUACUGGAGAACAGGGAAUGUUAAGUGAAAAUGUGCUUUCAGUGUGCUCAUUUGGCAAAGAGCUGAGAACAUUGGAAUCUCUAGGGACAUGUGGUGAAAGAUGUGGGACAGACCUUCUGCCAGAAAUGAAGCAGAAGGAUGCAGGUGAUUUCAAUGGCAACAGUAUAGAGGAGAUCGUCCUAGAUGAUGACACGGAUGAAGGUGAUAAUUGUGAUCGUGGUAGUGGCAGUGACAACUGUAAUACGUUUGGAGAAUUGGUGAGAGAGAUACCAAAAGUUUCAUUCAGUGGUCAAGGUUUCUGCAGUCUUGAAGAAAAAUGGGAACUCAUACUUAGUAGAAGCAAUGUCAGUAUUACCAAAUCGAUUUAG